ACAUGGCAACGGAUUUCAGCAGACUACCAGAAAUUUUGAAACUGCACACCGAUAUGGUGCAGAAACUAGGAGAAUUAUUUCCGGUUAAAGGAACUAAAUGGCAUACCAUUUUGAAAAAGGUACAACUGCUUAACCUACUAUCUGUUGCUGAUGUAGAAAAAAUCGAAACCAUGUAUGAUCUUUUCCUAAGUUUGGUGCAGAAAAAGGACAAUGGCAUUACGUACGGUGAAUACACAAGUACACGUACAAUUCUUGGAUCCUGCAACAUCGAUGCUGAAGAAAUAAUAGAUCAUUACACUGGACGUAUACAUGCGUUUUACAAAGACAACCUUAAAACCGUUUUGGCGCUACAAGCUGAGACCUCACAAAGAGACAACCAGUCAUCAAUUAGUGCCAAGACAACAAGUGACGACGAAUCGAUGGCACAACUGGUUACUGAAAAGGUGUCACCUGACAAUGAAUUGAUAUCAGCUGCAGCUUGUGGUCACACCGAAACCGUGACCCUACUUUUAGAAAAGGGAGCCGAUCCUGACGAAGUUGCAAAGAAAAUUACAUUUACAUCAGGAAAGGAUCAAUUAACGUCAAGCAAAUGUGAAGAAGCAGACGUCAACCCGUUAUAUAAAGAAAAAAGAGUUAAACGUAAUGAAUGUGGAUAUCCUACAGGACCGAGCUCAUUUCGUCACAAAAAGCUCAAAAUGGGAUGCAACAUAGGUGUGAUGAAUCAAAAGGUACCAAACCUUGGGGGAACACUUGGUCCGUUCGUGCGCUACAACGGUAAUACGAGUUUCCUGACAUGCGCUCAUGUGCUAUUUGAUGUUGCUCAACAAGGUACAGUUGACUUCACAUAUGAUGGAUCCAAUCGUAUUGACGUCGUGCAACCCGCUUUAGAUACGUCGAUGGCAAGUGGUGCCGCCUGUGGGUUUAUACAGAGGGCUAUAUUUAAUCCACGUAUGCAUCCUAGCAUCGAUAUGGCCGUUGUGACCAUAUCUGACGAAUCACGGCUACCCGACAAAGGCAGAUUUGCGAAUGAUCAUAGCUCCAGGUACAAGAAAGCCGGAUUUAAACAUUUACCAGAAUACAACGACGGAUCUAGAGUCUUGGAUUUUCAAGAGUCAGGUACGAGCAACAUGGUUGUCCAAUUUGGAAGCGAAACCCAUCUGUCAAAAGGUUUCUUGAAAGAAGACGGUAUACAAGUACGGCCCCUGACAACUGUCUUAGGACUACCCCAAAGUAAAGAUAUAUUCCGUAUGUCUGGCCAGUAUGAAGUGGAAGGUCUUAGAUCAAUGCCAAAUUUGUUCAUGCCUGGUGACUCCGGUGCAGCAGUGUUUAUGCUGAAUGGAACGUCUUUACAUUGCAUUGGUAUGGCGAUUGGUUCCACGUCUACUGGAAACGCUGUGGUCACUCCUAUUGCAGCUUUGUUAGAUGCUGUUCGAGCAAACGCUGACAUUGACCUUUCAGUGUUUCCUUGAUUAAGGUUUAGAUUUCCUCUUCUUAUCGUACUUUUACUGACGAAAGAAAUAGUAUCCAGUAUGUAAAGCUACGAUAGCUGUUCAUGACGUUUCCAAUGCAUCGAGAGGCAAACACAUGUAUCAGUUGAACGCGAAUUUAACAUACUGAUAAGUAGAAGACUGGUUCAUCAAAUGGACAGAGUGUAUAAAAUCCGCCAAAUUGAUCGUUUGGAACAGGACUUGAAAUCCACAAAGAAAACAAAGCGCAAGACUGUAUUUCUUAAAACGUUCAAACCGAACGACCUGAAUGAUAGUAGUUUUGUCGGAGGACAAAACGUUGGACAGUUUUUUUUGAAUGAAUUAUUAACUAACUGUUGAAUUUAAUUAUUCAUCAUUUGUAGUCAGAACUGGAUUCAAUUUUGUUUUUCAUCAUUUAUCAAAAAUAUGUAUAGAUUAGUUCGCAUUACCAACAGGUUCUAUGCAUUACAAAGCUGUUUAUGUAUUGUUUGAACAGGAAUUCAAUUCUAUGUUGAAUGCAUUUUUCACUUUGAAAAACCACACUACUUAUUACCUGCCCUUUUCUUAAUACUUUGUCAAGAAAAUACAUACAUGUGCAUUUGUAUACAUCUUCCUGUUGCUUUCGAAAUAGAGAGACAGAUACGAACACAAUAGCGAACUGCCAGUUAAAGAUUGAGGAUUACCCUGUUGUUUUCCUCAAAUAUAUUAUUUAACUGUCACUCCUUUGAUUUCCUAAUUUCAUUAUUUUCAUUGAUGUCCGUUUAGUUUGAUCAAUAAUUAAUAUCCUAUGUACAACUUACCUCUAUUUUGUUUUCUUAUCCUAAGACUUGCUUAGGAAGGAGAUGCAUGUGAGAGCAAAAAUGCUUGUUUUUUAUAAACUAAACCUAAAAUGAUUAUUUCGUGGUGGUCGCUAUGGAAUAUGUCGAUGACAUCACAUUUCAAAACAAGAUAACGUCUCAUAACAUUUGGAAGAAUGCAGUGACUGAUCAAAUUAUAUUUUCAACAUCAUAACUUGGACAAAAAACAUGACAGUCACUACAAAGGUAUAUGUACAUUUGUGAAUUAUACCAAAGAGUAAAAGAUCAGAAUUUCGAAAGACACCUUUUUGAAUCUUAAUCACAGUUUGUUUACACCAUUUCGUAUUAAUAUUUUUUUUCAACAUGCAUUAUUUUAUAGAAAUGAAUUAUAAUAUUAAUUUGAUUAAAUUCAAGUAAAGACCUCAUCGUGUAUCCGUCGUUACUGACGACACUAUUUGCUGCGAUACAUCGCAAUCUGGUGUGUUAUAUUUGAAUAUUUUAAAAAAAUAUAUUACUAGUAUAUGAAUGCCUUUAUACUGAAGUUGUCGUUUAGCAUUGUAUGUUUUUGUUAUUAAAGCGACCCCUUCUCUUAAUGUGAUACUUACAGCAACGGUAGCUGUAUUUGUUGAGUUGUCACAGAUACGCCUCAACUACCUCAUGUCAUCUUUUACAAAAUCUGGCUAAUCGAAUAGAUAUUUAUGGAACUCUAUCAGCAAAUACAAAGUGUAGACUUUCUUAGAAUAAGCAUAAGUAAGGAAUUUAAGUCCUGUUCCAAUCAUCCAAAACAUUAAUUACCCUAAGCAUAUUACAGGAAAAAUCCGUGACCUUAUUUUCGAGAGUCGAUUAUUAUCGAACUGAAUAAAUAAUUACAACCUUAGUCUUGGAUAGUCCUGCUCUCGCCUUUUGCCAAGACGGCCGGGGUUCAAUUCCCCGAUGUUCCGUUUGUAUCAAUGUCCCGUCAUCUCUGAUCGAAGUAUUUUUGUUCCGAUUGUUGUCUGUUUAUGGUCAUUAAGGGAUAAAGUCAACACUGCGUUCUUUGUAUCGCUAUUUCUAACUAGAAUGAGGGAUAUAGCAGUAUCAUAACAAGGUACACACAUGGAAUUGUGUUCAUAUCGGAAUAAUAAAAUUAAAGGUUUAAGAGUUCCAAAUAAGACCGUUAGUUUAAAUUGUGAUUGCCUUGGUCAGUAACAGAAACGUUUAUUUCCAAGGAAACAUACGUUUUCUAAAUAGAAUAUCAACAUGAUGGUAAAUAGUUUUUUUAAUUAUCCUUAGUCGAUUUUUAAAUUGUAAAUUACAAAUACAUACGGUAAAUCCGUGUCUUUAUACCAUCUGACAAAAAAUGUAACCAAGAUAAAUAAACAAUAUGAACAAUCUGGCUAUAUUUUAUUAAGCAAAUAUAGCCAGAUUUUACAAAGAGCUAGCAUCAAAGACAUUCUGUAUUGCCUUACGUCACUGUAAUAACCUUAUGGAAUCUAUUCAACUAUGUGUAUAUGGUACGUUUGUUUACUUUGUUCUGGGACGACAAUGGAAUAGUUUCCAUACAUAAUGUGUUUUUAUAUGAAUGUCAUUUAGGUAAAUUUAUAAACGGAAUUCAAAAGAUUU